CCGGCUCCUCGCUCCACCUCCUUCCUCCCGCUCCUCCCGCCGGCUCCUCCCGGGGCGGGCGCUCCGGCCGCGGCCGUGUCAGCCCAGCCACGGCAGCAGCGAGCAUGUCCUCCAGUCGGGCCAAGAAAGUGAAGAUGGCCACCAAGUCCUGCCCCGAGUGCGACCAGCAGGUUCCUGUUGCAUGUAAAUCAUGUCCCUGUGGCUACAUAUUUAUCAGUCGAAAACUCUUGCAUGCUAAACGUGCUGAGAGAUCACCGCCCAUCACAGAAAACAAGAGUGAGGCCAAAAGGAGGCGGACAGAGAGAGUUAAGCGAGAGAAGAUAAAUUCUGCAGUAAACAAAGACUUGGAAAACCGAAAAAGAUCCAGGUCCAACAGCCAUUCAGACCAUAGCAGACGGGGAAGAGGAAGACCUAAGAGUGCCUCAGCGAAAAAGCAUGAGGAAGAAAGAGAGAAACAAGAAAAAGAAGUUGACAUGUAUGCUAACCUAUCAGAUGAAAAGGCCUUCGUAUUUUCAGUGGCCUUGGCGGAAAUAAACAGAAAAAUUAUCAAUCAAAGACUUAUUCUGUAACUUGUGAGCACAAUCUGAUGCAGUUUUAUGCAGGAUGGCUAGCAGAUUGCCAAGGUGCCGUGGACUCUCGGAAAGUAUGUUGUCUGCACCAACAAGGACCAUAGCAUUUCCUGUUCAAAAUUCUGCUCCUGUUCUUGGAAAUCGAAUUUUGCCUCUACAAGUCAGAAAGAAAGUGGUCACAAGAUUGUGCUGUGAAAAAUCAGAAAGCAGAUAUGUUUCAUGCCUUGAAGACAAAUACACAGAGAGACUGCACCCAUGCCAGAGCACUUCUUUUGAAUUUGCUGCCAGAAAUGCAAUAUUUUAAAUAUUUUCAGAAAUAAAUGAUUUUCCUUUAAAAUUAUAUAUUUCAGAUUUUUCAGCUAUAUUGCAGUUUACGUAUGUACAGUUCACAUAACUUUUUAAUAAAUUGAUAUUCCAAUAUUUUAUUGAACUGAGAAUUAAGUACAUUUGUGAUACUCAGGGUAUGUUGGUUUUAAUCCUCUUAAAAAUCUGGUAUUCAUCCUAGGUAUGACAUUUUGUAAUAGGUGUGAUAUACUUCUGGUAGGACGAAAAUUAAAAUGGUUUCAUUUGGGAGGAUUAUUUUGUUAGACAACUUCAUAUUUUUAUGAAUUAUCUCUAGAAGAUAAUUUCUUGCUCCGUAGAGUUGUUUUUUAAAAAUCGUGUACUUUGGUGGUCAGACUCCUGAAGUUUGAGAGCCAAGCUCUUGUUUUGUAGCAAUUAUUUGCUGAGUAUCUGCCUUGUCCAGCUGGUAAGUUCUUAUCCUGUACUCUUUCUUGGUCCAUUAUUUACUGGAGAGGGAGAGAAGGAGACGUCAGAAAUGUAGAUCUGCAGUUGGCAUCCUGUGACUGGUAUUUCCAAAACAUGACGUGGUAGUUCCUAUUACUCCCCAUAGCUUUUUCUGACUGUUUUUUAAAAGCAUAAUUCUUACUGGAAUUGUGUUUGAAUUGCUGACUGUAAAUACCAAAGUCUACCUGAGUGUGCAAAAUUGAGCUGUUUUGAUAUAAAUAGUUCUAGGGAAGACAUUCAACAAAGUAGUCUUUCUUAAAGUGAUGUAGUGCAAUUUCAGCCAAAAUUCUUCCUUAAGUAACUCUCUGGGGAUUUUAUUUUACCACGCAAAAACUCCAAAGCCUCAAGCUGUGUAAAAUCCUGAGGGAGGAGGUGUAGGAAAUCUGACACACUGGGAUUUAGUCACCAUUCAUUUGCUUUAUUCUAGGAAGGGAAAUGCAACUAAAUGUCUUUUUCUUCAGUAUUACUGGUGUUUUUCAGUACCACAUUGAGUAAUGAGAAUUGCCUAAUGAGGUUCAGCUACAGAACUGAUCUCUGGGUGGAAACCAAGAUGUUUAUUAAUAAAGCUUGGACUAUCAGAUACUGGCUGUUUAUUAGUUACUGAUUAACAGAAGGAGCUGUGAUAGCUUCAAGUUAAGCCACAAGACACCAAUCAAAUGCAAACUGUGUAAGUGAAAGCAGGAAGCAUGGAAAGUGUUUUUCACUUCUUAUAUCCUAAGGAAUUAAUUUACCCUAAUAAAUCCAAAGGAAUUAUUUGCAUCCUUGUUAACACUGGAUGAGAGAGAUGGUGUGGAAAUGUGCUUAAGGCACUAAAACACAUUUGUCUUUAUUCCAGUAAAUGAGAAAUUGCAAAUACAAGGCCUACUUCUCUGCAUCAUUGAACUUGUGCUUCCCAGAGCUGUAGCCUGUCACAGAUACCAGUAGUGAGGACAGAUGAGUCAGUCUUAAGGAUAGAGAAUGCAUUUGCAUGGUAAGUUACAAGUCCCAGUGACAAAAGGCAAGUUCUGAAUUGAGGGUAUGGUCAGGCUGGUGUUGCUUCUGUUGCUGGAAUGAGAUGUGCUGUGUUAGGAAGGGACGGGGGGAGCUGCCAAGGCAGUCACUCUGGUGCUAUAACCUGCUUUCCUACAGGUUUCUGUCUCUUUCUGCUCCUGCAGAAAUUGGUCACUGUCACAGGACCAAAGUUAAUGCUGUUGGAUGUGACAAAACUGUAAGUUAAUUUCUACAUUUAGAUUGGUGCCUUUUCUAAUCAGUACUUUUGAAAAAUGUUUAUACCUCUAAUGUGCAUUUGUUCUCCUUUGGUGGAGGUUCUGAGCCAGUGGUUGAGUUCUAUUUCUGUGUUCUCUUUGUAUUCCCCAGGUCUCUUCUGUCAACUCUUUCCCACAUAUCCUCAUGCUACUUUACUUCCCCUGAUGGCUUCCAGUUUCUUUGAGAAAUGUGAUGGAAGCAGGUGGCCUUGAAAACACUCUAGGGAGGGAGUGGGUCUUUGCCAGGGGAUCUGGCAAAGCAAGAAAUCUGACUUUUUCUUCCCACCAACCAGAAACAAGGCAUUCUUUCCUGUAUGGACAGGACAUUUCAGCCUCUUCCAAAAGCCCUGGUAACUGUGGUGUGCCAAGACAGAUUUCUUGGAACAUAUUCAGUAACUGAACUGGAAAGUGUCUGCUUUGUACAAAAUAGGCAUCAGCAUGAUAGAUCUUAAGAACUCUUUCUUUUGUGUGUUAGAGAUGAUCCACAGAUGAAACAUUGGCAAAUCACUGUAGAUUAUAAUUGUAAAUUGCCUUCUUGGUCUAUGAAAGUAAAAUAAAGCCAGUGACAGUUGAAUGACAAAAGAGUAAAAUUCUGUGUACUGCAGCUCUGACUUGCUUGGAAAUGCAUAGUUUCUGAGAAGCAAGAAUAAAUAUGGUAAGGCUUCAGGAAGUUGCUUACACGAAGGUUUUCUUGUGACUGGUUUCAGUGUAAGAUUGUAGGCUCUGCCUUUGGCUGUCAUUGUGGUUCAGGCUGACUUCAUUUAUUUCACUGCAUUUUUUUGUAGCCUGCAACCUCACAUGGAAAAAUACUCUGUCAGAAAAAGUGAAUUAGGCUGCAGUUUUUUAAUGAAAAAAAGAUGAAGUGCAGUACUUAGUGCAGCUCUGUACAUGUUGACUUGCCUGACUGGAUAAACUGUUUAUUGUGAACCAAAUAGUUUAGGAUUGUAUUGGGAACUGUCUGCUUAUAAACCACCUUUUAAUAAGUUCUGUCUUCUGCCACUUCUUAUCCAUUUUCCCUGAAGAUCUGUGUUUCCAGUGUUUAUAGCUUUGUGUAAUAGCAUGUCUGACCAUCAAGUGGGCUCACAGUUCAAAUUUUAUCUUGAGAUUUCUCUGCAUUUCCUCUGCUCUGCUCCUAGAUGGCAGCCUUAUUCCAAACAGCUCACAGUUCAGGCAUUCUCACCAUGGAGACCAGGAAAAGGCAGUGUUUAGUUUUCAGUGAAAGCAGCCUGAAAGAUCAUUUUUCUUUAAAACACCACUUCUACCUAACAGGGGAAAUUAAUGGGUGUUACUGGCUGUCUGCACUGAAACGUUGCUUCAUCAGUUCUGGAGGUGUGAGGAUUGGUGGAGCUGGAUAAUUUGUCAGGACCAGAGAAUUCUGACUUUAAACUGGCAAUCAAAUAGAAAAUGGUUGAAGGAAACUCGCCACCUCCCCUGGAAGUCCCCUGAAGGCUUUCUUUUGUGAAAUUUUACAAACAUCAUCUAAUAGUCUAGUUACUUUUGUUCCAAUACUGCUAUGGUUGAUUAAAAAAAUUGAAAUUGGGACAAGGUAUUAGGGAAUACUUUGUAGAUUAUCAUUGUCCUGUGGCUGGGCAGGAUUUAUUGAGACAGAGACUGAAAAUGAGAUACUGGCUUUGAAUAUCAGUUCCCAAAGAAGGUGUUUAGGUUGGUUUUAUGUAGUGGUUUUUGGUUUUUUUUUUCUUUUGUAGUUUUUUAGAUUUUUGGGUGUUUUAGAGUGGAACAGUGAUCAUGUAGGCUAUUAGCAGCUCUGUGCCUGUUCCUUGUAUCUUGGACUGUACUAUGAAAGAUGUUUAGUACCUCACUGCCUAACAGGACAUGGUGGUUGUCUUCUGAUAACCUUUAAGGUAUUGACCACCUGUGGUUGAACAGUGUAAGCAGAAAGCUGUGUUCAGCCUCAGUUUAGUUUGGGCCUGUUUGAGAAGGAUCCCUGUGUGUGCAUGAACAGCUGCAGGUGUGUUGCAGCCUCUGGGUUUUUGUUUGCCUGGGCAGUGUGUGUUCCAAGCCAGUCUCAUGGUCCUCUGCACCUCCAGUGCUUAGAUGUGCAUCAUGGACUAGUCUUGGGAGGCACGAUGGACACGAGUCUGACAGGAGAAUUGGCCUGGAAGGUUGUUCAGCUGUCAGAGGGUGUUUGGUCUGCAGGACCUGGACUAGUUGUGGCUAGUGCUGGGCUCUCUGUACCAACUGUUCCACGCCAGAGAUCUCCUGUGCCUGCCUUUGUGCUUGUUAUGGCAAUACAGAGAGCCAGUGUUAACAGCCAGUGCUCUCAGGUGAGUCUAAAAGCUGUUUGUCCUUGAAAGUAUCGACAGUGCUGUCAGUGUUUUUGUAGUAGGCUUCUCAUUAAUGUCAUUGUGGGUUCUAGCAAAUAGCCUCUGGCAAAUCUAACUGCGGCAUGACAAGGUAUUGCUUUCCCCACUUACUUGCCUAUGCUUUAAGGAGGUUGCCACUUUGGUUGCAGUGGUGGUAGGACAGCUCUAAUAUAUAAUAGAAUGAUUUGAUUUCCUCUUUUUUUAGUUUACCACUUUCAAAACAGGUUACAGAAUUCCAAGUCUGGUUGUCCCAACGUUAUAAAUGAUUAAGCAGGUUUUUUGGUUGAGAUGAAGAUCAGUUUUUCUGCGUUACAGCAGAUCAGACACUGUGUGAUUUCCACAGAUAUUGUGAGUUCCUUAUGAAAUGAAAAUAUCUGUGAAUCAAUGUACUAAAGUGUUUGGGUUUUUUUUCCCUGCACUUAUUUUAAAAUGGUUUCUGGCACUGCCAGCUGUUGUUUGGGAUGUGCCAUCCAAGUAAGAGGCAAGGAAUUGGUUAGGCAGGAGGCGAUGAAACUGGAUACAUCUCUGUAUUUCUUUUUUUCUACAGAAGAAAACCUAAACCUGCUAUCACCAAUGUUGUGUAAAAUUUCAAGCCCAGAACAUGAUUCACAUGAAUCAUGGGGUGUCAUCAUGCAGCAUUUCCUCAGGAAAAGUUCAGGUACCUCUUCUUCAUCUUCUCCUCAGUCUCCCUCAUAAGUUGCUUUUCCUGGUGCUUCUUAACUUUGUACAUCAAACCUGAGCUUUGUCUUUGGUGUUCUGCUGCCUUUGUUCUACUAAGUGUUUUUUCUCUCAAUUAUAGCUUAAUAAUUUUGUUAAUCAGAGUUAAGAAUUAAAUACUAUUUUUAAUCCUGGACAGCAUUGAGGACCAUAAAAUGCUGUUAAAAACAGUGAGUGUUCCAGAUACCAGGAGUACAAAUAUUAAUAGUCUGGCAGCUUACCAAGUUUCUGUGGUUUGUUUUGUCUUGGAACAAACAACUUAUGAAUACUUAAUGGAAAAAUACCAUGCUAAUAAAGAGAAAUCUUCAGACUGA